UCUGUGUGUUAUGACAACAGCAGGUCAUCACAUAACUACCGAAAAGUCAUAUCUGGAGUCAGUAUCAAAACAAGCAGGGUGAGAGAGAACCAAGAUACAACACCGAUAGACACAGAACUAUUUAUCAGUGACAGACUGCAUCUACACUAGAUAGACCUUCGAAGAUCUACCAGCUAAACAUGGAGAACAGCAAAGGGCCCCUGGUCUUCUACAGGUUAGCCACAAAGUUGGAAGAGUGUGAGCUGGAAAAGAAGGCUCUUGCAAAGCAGGUGGAGGAGCUGAAGGCUCAGCUGCAAAGUGAAGAGAAGGUGAAGCAGCCUGCCACUAAACUGGAAGGACGGAUGAUCCCAAGAGAGCAAGAAAUGGAGAACUUGGGAAAACCGCUGCUUCACGAGACAAGCACCAGGCUCCAGGAGAAACUCCGCACCCUGCAGGAUGAAGUCAGGCAGCUGAAUGAUUUGUUGGGGCAGGAGCGUGCAAUAAACUUCCAGGAGCAUAAUAUGGGGCUGCAUCUCAGCAGAGUACUGCAAAAGACUGCAGAACAGCUGGCUCGGCAGAAGAGCCUUAAAGAAAUAUUCAUCAAGAAAGAGAAGGAAGCACGCAGAGACCUGGAGAGGCUGAAGAGGCUUUGUGACACAGAGACCAUGGACGGCAUGAGGAUUGCCACUGACCUUCACAACGAUAUCAAAAAGAAGAAGAAGAAGGAGCUUCAAAAAGACUACGAGGUGCUCAAAGUGAAUUUCUCAAAGAGCCAAGAAAAGUUCUCGGCAGAGCUCGGGGUUGAAAAAGAUAGAAAUGAAGCUCUUCAGCAAGAACUCGAGCGGCUGAAAGUUUCACAUCACAGGUCUGAAACUGAGCUCGAGGCUGAAAGAGAAAAGAGUGGCAGCCUUCAGAAACGGUUUGAGAAAGAGAUUCAGUCGCAAGCUGAAAGGGUGCCAGAGAAGCUGGAGGUCAUAAAGCAGCUGAGGGCUGAGCGGGACGCUCUGCUUCGACAGACCGACGAGGAGAUCCAGACCCUGAAUAAACAGAACAAGACCAACCAGGAGCUGGUCACUAAGCUCCGGGCCGAGGCGGAGGUCAGCCAGGGCCUCUGGACUCUACUCGCCAAGCUCAAAGACACGCAGAAGGACGAGGAGAAGGAGGCUCCCUCCACGAUUCACUGAAUAUUGAGCCCCGCUGGAGGAGAUCAAACACUCCGACGACAAGCUUGAGAAGAAGAAAAAAGAAACAUUUAAGAAAAAGCAAAAAGAAGAGUGAAAAUAAUUUUUUUUUAAAG